CAUUGUUGACCUCUAGUCGCGCUCCGACCGAAGACCCAAUGGAAAAAAAAAAAGGAAUGAUUUUCCUAAGGGAAAAAAGAUAAAAUAGAGAUCCUUUGGGACGCAAUGCGUAUUAAAAAUUCGGUUGGGCUAAAGCGGUGGGGACAUGACUGUGGAUCGGCUUUUUCCGGGUUGCGCAAAUGGACAGCGGAAACCGACGGGGACGAGGACAGGAUAAUGGUCUCCCAGUUGAAGAAGCCCUACUCCUCUUUAUAUCAACGAGAACUUCUUCCGCGCCUCCUUACUGUUCAUUUGGAUCUUCUCCCGGUCACUUUCAAGGUCGGGAAUUCGUGUUAUCCAUCGGGACGCCUUUGAUUUUCCGCCACGGUUUCGACUUCUUGUCGAUCUUAAGGAAUUGCUGAUCUAGGUCAAGACAACUUGGCGUAAAGCAGUACCUUGUUUUGAUGUUUCCUGUGAGCCGGAUUUGUAUGGAGGAUCCUAAAGCAGAAGACUCUGAUGAGGAAGAACCUGGCACUUUAAAUGAGUUUGGGAAUGUUCAUCUUGACAAGUCAUUUUCAGCUCCUGGUGUAAAGAGAGGCUUAUCCUCUACCAGUAGUGUUCACGAAUUACUUGAAUGCCCAAUAUGCACAAACUCGAUGUAUCCUCCCAUAUACCAGUGUCCAAAUGGUCACACUCUUUGUUCAAAUUGCAAGCUUAGAGUACAUAAUCAAUGCCCCACUUGUCGCCAUGAACUUGGUAAUAUAAGAUGUCUGGCCCUUGAAAAGGUUGCUGGGUCACUUGAGCUUCCUUGUAAACACCAGGCAAUGGGAUGCUUAGGAAUAUUUCUGUAUUAUGAAAAAUUAAAACAUGAACAGUCAUGCAAAUUCAGGCCUUAUAACUGUCCAUAUGCAGGGUCCGAGUGCCCCAUUACAGGGGACACCCAAAUGAUCAUAACCCACCUGAGAAAUGAUCAUAAAGUGGAUAUGCAUGAUGGCUGCACUUUUAACCAUCGUUAUGUCAAAGCCAACCCACAUGAGGUCGAAAAUGCGACUUGGAUGCUCACAGUCUUCAACUGCUUCGGCCAACACUUCUGUCUUCACUUUGAGGCAUUCGUAUUAGAAAUGGCUCCGGUUUACAUGGCGUUCUUGAGAUUCAUGGGUGAAGAUGAUGAGACAAAGAAGUUCUGUUACAGCUUAGAAGUGGGUGGAAAUGGACGCAAACUGCUGUGGCAAGGGGUGCCAAGGAGCAUCAGGGAUGGUCACAAGAAGGUCAGAAACAACCACGAUGGUCUGAUCAUCCAUCGAAGCAUGGCCUUGUCCUUCUCCGGCGGAAACCACCAGGAGCUCAAGCUUCGAAUAACCGGCCGUAUCUGGAAAGAAGAGUGAAGCAUUUUUCACCUAAAUUCAUGGCCAGAAAGUUUAGGCUCACAAAGCUUGAUGUAAUCAGUAUGUGGACAGUCUGCUCAAAGAUUUGCUUCAUGUAUGCAUUGUGUUUAGCCUUUGUGAAAAAAGUCAUGAUAUUAACAAUUGAAAAUGUUUGAAAGUGGUUUCUGCUUCAUCUUUGCUCAAAAAA